AUGGAAACCCAUUUGAGAAUAAUUCCUAGAGAAGCAUUCUCCAAUCUUCCCAACAUCUCCAGGAUCUAUAUCACCAUAGAUGCAGUGCUGCAGAUCCUGGAGGCUCAUUCUUUCAGAAAUCUAAACAAAGUCACGCAUAUAGAAAUCCGAAAUGCUAGAAACCUACAAUACAUAGAUCCCGAAGCUUUCAUGAAUCUCCCGUUGCUGAAAUACCUUGUGAUCAUGAACACUGGACUCAGAGUUUUCCCUGACCUCACGAAGAUCAACUCAGUGACAGCAGAUAUGAACUUUUUGCUUGAAAUGGCUGAUAAUCCAUACAUGAUUUCGGUGCCCGCAAAUGCAUUCCAAGGGCUAUGCAACGAAUCCCUUAGCCUAAAGUUAUACAACAAUGGGUUCACAAAGGUUGACGCCCAUGCCUUCAAUGGAACAAAGUUAGAUUCUGUGUAUCUGAAUAAGAACAAAUAUCUGAGAGUUAUUCAUGAAGAUGCUUUUUUGGGUGUGCAGAGUGGUCCAAGCCUACUCGAUGUCUCCCAGACAGGUAUCACCACUCUUCCCGCAAGAGGACUGGAAAACCUUAAAGAACUGAUGGCUAAAAACACCUGGGCCCUAAAGAAAUUCCCCCCUAUACAGACUUUUCCUUAUCUUGCGAAUGCUGAGCUGUCAUACCAAAGUCACUGCUGUGCUUUCAAGAACUGGAAGAAAGCCAAGGGACUGCUGGAGUCACUGUUCUGCAACCAUACGAAUACUCACAACUUCCGCAAGAGAAGAUCUGCCACUGCCUUCAGGGGCCCCUUUUACCGAGACUAUGCAGAAGAUUAUCCAGACCUCACCGAGGCCGUGUAUGACGAGAACUCCAAAUUCAAUAGAGAUGUUCAUGGGAAUUCUCAUUACUUUGUCUUUCUUGAAGAGCAUGACAACAAAGAGGUUGGGUUUGGCCAGGAGCUCAAGAACCCUCAAGAGGAGAGCAUGCCAACAUUUGACAGCCAUUAUGACUACAUUAUCUGUGCGGGCACGGACGACAUCAGCUGCACGCCAGGACCUGACGAGUUCAACCCUUGCGAAGACAUCAUGGGCUACAGGUUUCUAAGGGUCGUGGUGUGGUUUGUGAACCUGCUAGCCAUUAUGGGCAACGUUUUUGUUCUCUUCAUUCUCCUCACCAGCCAUUACAAGCUGACCGUCCCACGAUUCCUGAUGUGCAACUUGGCCUUUGCCGAUUUCUGUAUGGGAUUAUACCUUCUCCUGAUUGCUUCGGUGGAUCUUUAUACUCGGUCAGAAUACUACAACCAUGCUAUUGACUGGCAGACUGGGCCCGGCUGCAGCACAGCAGGCUUCUUCACUGUCUUUGCUAGUGAGUUGUCUGUCUUCACCUUGACCGCAAUCACCCUGGAACGCUGGUAUGCCAUCACCUUUGCGAUGCGCUUGGACAAGAAAAUCCGUCUCUUGCAUGCUUCUGUUAUCAUGUUGGGUGGCUGGCUGGUAUGUUUCCUUCUUGCCCUUUUACCACUGGUUGGAGUCAGUAGCUACGGCAAAGUCAGUAUCUGCCUUCCCAUGGACACCGAAACGCCCUUGGGACAAGCCUACGUCGUCAUUGUUUUGAUGCUGAACAUCAUUGCUUUCAUCGUCAUUUGUGCCUGCUACAUAAAGAUCUAUAUCACUGUGCGGAAUCCCCAGUACAAAUCAGGAGACAAGGACACCAUCAUUGCCAAAAGGAUGGCUGUGCUGAUCUUUACUGACUUCUUAUGUGUGGCACCCAUCUCAUUCUAUGCUUUAUCUGCUAUUAUGAACAAACCUUUAAUAACAGUCAGCAACUCGAAAAUCCUGCUGGUCCUGUUCUAUCCACUCAACUCUUGUGCCAACCCGUUCCUGUAUGCUAUCUUUACCAAAGCUUUCCGAAGGGAUGUCUUCAUCUUGCUCAGCAAGUUUGGAUUAUGCGAGCACCAGGCUCAAGUCUACAGGGGUCAAACAGUCUCCCCCAAGAACAGCAGCGGCUCUUGCAGCCAGAAGGGCAACAGGGGGAUGGGCCAGAAUCUCACCAACCUUCAAAAGCAUCCUCAUGGCUCACCUGAAGACUACCAUCCUGCAAUACUGCUGCAUUCUCGGGGGACUCUUGCUUAAUCUGGACCCCCUAAUCAUCAGAUCAGUAACAGCAAAUCUCUUAACCCUGCGCUACGGUCGGUGCCAUUUACAAUAUUGUCCCAUUAUGUGGCUGCUUGACUGCUGUAAAAUAAUAAUAAUUUAUUUAUAUCCCAUUCUUCUACCUAAAGUACCCAGGGUGGCGUGCAACAUUUUCAUAAAAACCAUAUAAUCAAUAAGAAGGCAAGUGCCAUUUCUAACAGCAGUAACAAGUUAAAAGCAGCACUUAAAACAAAAUGCAAACCUAGCGGCAGCAAGAGCAAAAUAUGUUACACAUCAAAACGACAGACAAUAAAAUCAGGGGUCACAGUAAAAUUAGGGGUUAAAACACCAUUUAAAUUGAUACCUUUCACGUUUGGCAGACAAUACACACAAAGGGAGCCCAAUGGGUUUUGAUUAGGAGGGCAUCCCAGAGGGGACACACUCUCACAGAGAAGGGCUUGUCUCUUGUGCUCACUCCUAGGAACAUAGGAAGCUGUCUUGUACUGAAUCAGAUAAUUUGUCCAUCUAGCCCAGGCAUAGGCAACCUUGGCUCUCCAGAUGUUUUGGAACUACAACUCUCAUGAUCCCUACCUAACAGGGUCAGUGGUCAGGGAUCAUGGGAGUUGUAGUUCCAAAACAUCUGGAGAGCCAAGAUUGCCUAUGCCUGAUCUAGCCCAUGGGUAGGCAAACUAAAGCCUGGGGGCUGGAUCCCAAUAGCCUUCUAAAUCCAGCCUGCGGACGGUCCAGGAAUCAGCAUGUUUUUACAUGAGUAGAAUGUGUCCUUUUAUUUAAAAUGCAUCUGGGUUAUUUGUCGGGCAUAGGAAUUCAUUCAAUUUUUUCCCUUCAAAAUAUAGUCCAGCCCCCCACAAGGUCUGAGGGACAGUGGACUAGCCCCCUGCUGAAAACGUUUGCAGACCUCUGAUCUAGCCCAGUAUUGCCAACACCGACUGGCAGCAUGUCUCCAGAGUGCAAGGCACGGUUCCAUGCCAGGGACUGAACCUGGGGUUUUGUGGAAGCAAAGCAUGUGCUCCAGCUCUGAGCUAUACAGUGGUGCCUCGCUAGACAAAUUUAAUUCGUUCCACGGGUCUUUUCUUAUAACGAAAAAUUCAUCUAGUGAAUCCCAUAGGAAUGCAUUGAAUUUUUUUUGAAUUUUUUUUUUUCCCAUAGGAACGCAUUAAUUGAAUUUCAAUGCAUUCCUAUGGGAAACCGCGAUUCGCUAGACGAAUUUUUCAUAAAACAAAUUCGUCUAACGAGGCAACCUCCGCUAGAAAAAACCUUUCGUUAAGUGGAAAUUUUGUUAAGCAGGGCAUUCGUUAAGCGAGGCACCACUGUAUUCCUAAAAUAGCACCAAGGCCCUUGAAGCUGAUCUUCAUUCCUAGACAAGCCUAUAGGGGAGCAGGUGAUCCGUAAACUAAGCCGGUCUUGAAUCAUUUAUGUCUUCGGGGACUAAAACCAAUGCUUCGAAUUGAGCCUGGAGGGACAUAGACAACCAACGGAGCUGCCCUAAGAUAGGUGUUCUAUUCGCUGGCCUGCAAGCACCAGAACAAAACAUCUGGCUGCUACAUUCUGGGACCAUCUUGUCUAGAUUAAGUUUCACCCUUUUAACUCCUCCUUCCAUAUGCACUCAUGAACUGCCCGGUUUAUCACUUCUGCUGCUUCCCUGGAACUGGAAAAUGGGGAAUGAGCUGGAUGUCAUCUGCAUACUGGGCAACUCAGAGGCCUGAGUCUUCAGAUGACUUUACCCAGUAGUUUCAUGUAAAUAUUUAAAAAAACACAGGAGACAAGAUGGAACCUUGUCGUUGCCCACAGGCCAAAGCCCAUAAGCUUAGAACAGCAGUGCAGUCUCCCAGCAUUAACUUUUGGGUUCAGCCUUCCAGGCAGGAACAGAACCACCGAGGAGAGCAGUAUCACAUAAGCCCGUCCCAAACAGAUGGGCCAGAAGAAUCCCGUGAUAGACAAUAUCAAAAGUGGCUGAGAUAUCCAGGAGAAACAGCGACAUAGCACUAUCUGUGUCCAUCUCCUGAUGCAGCUCAUCCACAAGGGCAGCAGUGGGGAAAUUCUGGGCCUGGCAGCCCAGAUCUUUAUCUGUCCCCACCCCUGUAGGUCAACU